ACGACCAAUUGGUAAACAACCUAUCCUGAUUUACGGCAGAGCUUAAUCUUUACGUUAGGGAGUGGCAACAGUACACAUUGCAUCUAAACUGCUAACAUACUGUCUAAAGAGUGCUGAAUAGGCAAUGCGCUUUGGACUGCCUGCUACAGAAGGAUUGCAGGCUGGUGGACCUCUGAGGGUUAUUCUUUGUGGUGAGUAUAUUGCGUUGCUUAGCGUGUUGACGCUCACGCUGCUGAGGACUGUGGGAUUGAGAGCGUUCUCCAUGGCGUCCGAGACCUACAUGUCGGGCACACACUCUGCUGCCUUUGUCACCUGCCCCAACGAACAGGUGGCCAAAGAUCUGGCCAGGGGAAUCGUUGAGAAGAAGCUGGCUGCUUGUGUCAACAUCGUCCCCCAAAUCACAUCUGUAUAUGAGUGGCAGGGGAAGAUCCAGGAGGAUGGUGAAGUUUUGCUGAUGAUAAAGACCAGAAGUUCUAAGGUUGCAUCUCUGGCCGAAUAUGUUAGGUCCAACCACCCGUAUGAAGUAGCAGAGGUCAUCAGCCUACCCAUAGAGCAGGGCAACCCACCCUACCUCAAGUGGCUUGGUGACACUGUACCAGAAUGAUGGGUGGAUGGAGAGAGGAAGGGAUGGGUGGAUGGAGAGAGGAAGGGAUGGGUGGAUGGAGAGAGGAAGGGAUGGGUGGAUGGAGAGAGGAAGGGAUGGGUGGAUGGAGAGAGGAAGGGAUGGGUGGAUGGAGAGAGGAAGGCUGCGUGAAAUGUAUUUGGAAUAAUAAAAUCUGCAGAAAUGUGACUAAAA